ACUUACCUUCAUAUGUAUCGGGAAACGCACCUGGAUCAGCUACCGCUUCAGGCCCUAAAACGCAAAGCUCGUCUGGGGUAAUAUUCGGAAAUUAGAAAUACUAUCUGAGGAAGGUCGCUGAGCCAGCCUAGUGCAGCUCACAUUACCCUCACUCCAGCCUCAGCUCCACACGGCCACUCCAGCAGCUGCAGCGUGUCAGCGCACGUCAGCGCAGAGAGCGCCACAGGAAGUGUUGGGCGGGCGUUGCGUUCCGCCGGUGUGAGAGGUGUCCGAUGCCCCCUGUGUGAGCGGUGAGGGGGCAUUUUCACCCCGCCCUCACGACGCCGCAAUGGAGGACGAGGUCAGUGCGGAGCUGCUGCUGGACCUCAGUCACCUGACGGAGGAGGAGCAGGAAGCCAUCCUGCAGGUGCUGCUGCGGGACUCCGAGCUGCGCUGCCAGGAGGAGGGUCGCGUGAGGCAGCUGUGUAACACAGUCUCGGACCCGCAGCAGCUGAAGUCCCUCUCGGGCGAGUGGUUCAGUGAGGUUCGCGCCAAGCGGUACAAGAAGCAUGGCUCCGACAUCGUCCAGGCUUCUAUCCGUCGCAAGAAGAAGGUCAAAGAUGUGCCUUUGAGUGUGCUGGCUGGUGGUGGGGUGUUUGAUAGUGAGGGGGAGAUGGCUGUGUCCCCCUCCCUUCACAAUGGCACCCCACCCAAACCAGGGAAGCAGCAGCAGGAGGAGGAGGAAGAAGACAGGAGUGUUGUCGACCAUGUGACCCCAAUACCUGCCGCUGGAAGUGUGAUCGUCCCUGCUAAGGAGGUUCCAGAGAUCCACAAUGGUUCUGCAGGUUCUACAGGUGAACAAGGCACUGAGGUAGAGGGUCGCAGCGCAGCAGAGCUAAUCAAAAAGACUGACACACAUACCCACCACUCUCAAACACACACACACACACACUCUUACACACACACACACACUCACACUCAGAACUGUGCUUGCAGAGCCAGCUUCCGUCUCUGGAAACCAACCUUCUCCGUGGACUUUGUCUUAGAGAAAGACUCAGACUCUGUGUCCAGCACUGCCCCGACCGAGCCGGACCAUACCCGACUCAGAACCAGCGGAUCAACCUCUAGUCUGCACUCCAACCACGCGCUGAGUGGCAGUAUGAUGAGCUUGUUCAGUUCGGGGGAAUUCGGGAUCGUGGAGGUACGGGGCAGCCUGCAGUUCUCCCUGCACUAUGACACCAAGAAGGAGGAGCUUCUGGUGCAGGUGUGCCGCUGCCAGGACCUAGCCCACGCCCGCAAGAACCGCUCUGAUCCGUACGUGAAGACCUACCUGCUGCCGGACAAGUCGACUCACAGUAAAAAGAAGACUUCCGUGAAAAAGAAGACGGUGAACCCCGUUUUUGAUGAGACCCUGAAGUAUAAGAUAAAGAUGUUGGAGCUGAAAGGGAGGACCUUGAACCUGUCGGUGUGGCACCAUGACCCCCUGCGGCGGAACAUUUUCCUGGGAGAGGUGGAGGUGGGGUUGGCAGACUGGGACUGGGGCCAGACUGAGCCGUGCUGGCGCCCCUUGCUGCCAAGGGUCCAGAUGUCUCAGGACUCAAUUACUACCCGUGGGACCAUCAUGCUAUCUCUCAAAUUCAUUCCAGCUGGAUCUGAAGGCAGUGGCAUGCCACUGACUGGGGAACUACACAUCUGGCUAAGAGAGGCACAGGGACUCAUCCCCACCAAAGGGGGCACUGUGGACUCAUUUGUUAAAAGCUACGUGCUGCCGGAUGAAAGCCGGUCCAGCCGCCAAAAGACGCGCGUGGUCAAGCGCACCGUCAGCCCCACUUACAACCACACCAUGGUGUACGAUGGGUUCCAGACAGCGGACCUGAAUGAGGCGUGUGCUGAGAUCACUCUGUGGGAGAAAGACACCAUGUCAUCUCAGCUGCUGGGGGGUGUGAGGCUGAGCCCUGGCACAAGGCAGAGCUAUGGCCAGCCUGUGCUGUGGAUGGACUCCACUGAGGAAGAGGUCAAUGUCUGGACCACCAUGAUCCAGAACCCCAACACUUGGGUGGAUGCUGCGCUGCCCCUCCGAACCAACCUCGUGCCCCGCAAAGAGUGAUUCCCCCUCACCCAGAUCGACCACAAGUCGGGAAACAGUGGUUGAAGGGCAGUGAGAGGAGUGAGGGAGAGAGACUGAUCAUAGCAAACUUCUGAACUGAGAAAUCUAAUAUUUUGCAUUGGAAAAAAAGCAGCUCUAAUAAUCAAACCUGUUCUUUCUUUCCGCACACAGUACCAUCUCUGUAGCUAAGUGUGUGUGUGUGUGGAUUCUUCCUUUCCCAUGGAGGUGCACCUAUGGUGCUGAAAGUGGGGUCCAGGGGUGUGGAGUGUGUGGAUUUGGGGCAGAGAGACACCAGGGUAACACGGGUGGGGAACACUAGGCCUCAAAGCCAGCAACAGAUCGGGCUUCCAUUACACCUCGGAUAUCCAGCACGUGGCAACCAUCUCUCCUGUGAUUCUAGCUCUAAAUUAGUGACUCAUUAAAAGGUCCCGAUUAAGCCUGUCUAUAUUAGCAUUAGCCGUUGUAGAUAGGAUCGUAGAGCUAAAGAAGACUGCUUGAAGUAAUCAGGGUUUGAGUGGUGUAGGAGAGGGUGAGGCGUUUAUUGCACACUCACCGCAUGUCAGUCUGUUGUACAUUUCAUUAGGUGACUUUGUGAGAAAAUCUUGUUUAGAUAGCUGUUUGUCUAUGUCAGUGUAAACGUGCAUUUUUGCUCUGAAAUUAA